AGGCGAGGCGACGCCAUAGACAUAUCCUAAAUAUACCAUGACAGCAAAAUUUAGUAGCAUAUACAUACCGAAGAGAGCACUUGCACAGCACAACUCAGAGAGCAAUAUAAUAUUAUCUAAUCUAGCAAACAUUAUACUAAUCCAAUUGACAGUAAUAAAGUAUACAUUAGCUAGCCCAAAACACAAAGCAACAUCACAUGGCUCAAUUAGUAAACAAAAGAGGCACAAAUUACAUAGCCACUAACAUAUGAGUUGAUUUUUAAAUGGCUGACAGAGCCAUGCAUAAAGCAGAGCAAGCACAAGGAGAGCAGCGGAGAAAUCACAAGCAGAGCAGAGGGAAGGAAGACCGGAGAGCACUGAGCAGCAGACCAGUAGACCAGAGCAGAGGGAAGGAAUUACCCGGCCAUUGCAGUCUUGCAGGGGUCGCACGAGGCCGCGGACUAGCAGAGGAGGUGCACGAAGGCGGGGCCGCAUGGGGCCGUGGACCAACAGAGGCGGUGCCGCGCGGAGGCGAAGAGGAGGCGGGGCCGCGCGGGCGGCGGAGAUGCCCAGGGUGGCGCGGGUCCUCGCGCACUGGCAGAGAUGUGCAGGGCCGCGCGGUUCCUCGCGGACGGGGAGAUGCGCGAGGCUGCGGGGUUGCCGUCGCCCCGCCAGAUUUUUGGUGAUAGCAAACGGGAUGGCGGCGUGUUAUAGCCUGCUCCAAGGGGCGAGGUGCUUGGUGAGCAUCCUGACAGGUGGCGUCCUCAUCAGCAGGCCCAUGGCAUGGGCUAUCUUCUCUUGCGAUCAGGCGAUGGCGUAUUUCACGAUCUCGGCGGUGGCGGUGGCGAUGGAGGCGGCGGUGAUCGGCAAGUACGGCAACACGCAGUUCCAGUGGAUGAAGACGUGCCACCUCUACAAGCGGUUCUGCGGGCAGGCGGGGGGCGCCGUGGCCUGCGCCGUCGCGGCGAGCCUCAACCUGGUGGGCAUCUCGCUCGUCUCCGCGUUCAACCUCUUCCGGUUGUACGGCAGCGGCAAGGGGAGGAAGUGAUGAUCGGCCGGCCGCCGGCGACCCGGUGCUCGCAGCUCGCUCGGCCUCUUCAGUUCAGCCAGCCUAGUAACACUACAUGCCCCGGCUUGCCUCCGGCCUCUUUCUAGGUUUUAACCCCCCAGUCUGGAACCAUAUAGCGCCAUGGAUGAUUGUCUUCUCCGGUUUGAUCGAGUUUUUCUUCUCCUUUUCUGGUGUUGGGAUGCUGCUACCUGUCGUCGUCUGUCAGCGCAGCGUAGCCAUAAAAAGUCUCUGGGACCUGUAUGUAAAAAUGAAGGGAAGUGAUCCGAGGUGUUUGUGUACGUAGUUGUAUGGCAAUAAUAAACGUGCGGGAAAGCGAUGUAUCGA